UCCCAUUUCUCCUUUUACCCCAAACUUAACUUGUCUUCCCCUGCAUUACAUAAAGCCUCUCUUAUUAUAAUAGUCUUUCCUCAGUCCUACAUUCUGUCACUCUUUCUUUUUGGCUUUAUUAUAUAAUGAGAAAAAGGGUCUUCCCCACAAGCCACUAAUAAACCCUUUUGUUCAAAAAGCUUUCCCCUUAACGUGUUGAGUAGUUUUUCUCUUUGGGUUUUAUAAUACUUCACUUUUUAGGCCCCUCUCUUAAAAAUGGCAGAAAAUCUUGACUGUUUAGUAGAAAAUCUUCUCUGUUCAGAGAACACAAGCUCUUGCUUUGAUGGUGAUCUUGAUUUUAAUGCCAUAAAUGAGUUUGGGGUUUCCCCUGCUUGUCAUCACCACUUUAAAAACCAAAUCUUUAAUCAACAAGACCCUUUUUUUAUAAACAACAGAUCAACUUCUUUGAUGGGUAGUUCUGGUUUUGCAAUUCAAAGUGAUGAUAUAAUCAAAGAAAUGGUUGAAAGAGAGAUGAAGCAUUUGCCUAGAGAUGAUUAUCUUAAGAGACUGAGAAGUGGGGAUUUGGACUUGAGUGUUAGGAGAGGGGCUCUUGAAUGGAUUUCGAAGGCUUGUGCUUCUUACCGUUUUGGACCUCUGACUCUUUGCCUAUCGAUUAACUAUUUGGAUCGGUUCCUAUCAGUUUAUGAAUUAGCUAGAGGUAAAACUUGGACAGUGCAACUGCUGGCUGUAGCUUGUUUAUCAGUUGCAGCCAAAAUGGAGGAGACAAAAGUUCCUCUUUCUGUAGAUUUGCAGGUAGGACAACCAAAGUUCGUCUUUGAAGAUAAAACAAUACAAAGAAUGGAGCUUUUAGUUUUGAGCACAUUGAAGUGGGAAAUGCAUGUUCUUACUCCUUGCUCCUUCAUUGACUACUUCCUGAGUAAAAUCUGUAAUGAUCAAUAUCAAUCGUCAGCUUCAAUGUCUAGAUCAUUACAACUAAUAUUGAGCACAAUCAGAGGUAUUGACUUCUUGGAGUUCAGACCUUCUGAAAUUGCUGCAGCAGUGGCAAUAUCUGUUUCAGGAGAAAUACAAACAUUAGCCAUUGAUGAGGCUAUUUCAUCUUUCAUCUUUGUAGAAAAGGGUAGAGUUUUGAAGUGUGUUGAACUGAUGAAAGAUUUGUCAUUGAUUAAUGGGUCUGCUACUGCUAAUGCUAAUGUGGCAACUCCCUCAGCUUCCUCUAUGCCCCAAAGCCCCAUUGGGGUGUUGGAUGCUGCAUGCUUGAGCUAUAAAAGUGAUGAAAUAACAGUUGGGUUAUGUGCAAAUUCUUCUCAUUCUAGUCCAGACAUUAAAAGGAGGAAACAAGACAACAACAUACCAUCCCAACUGGAUUUCAAGUCAUGAGUUCUGAAUUUCCUCCCUUUUCACACCCUUUUUAGUCCAAUCAAUUAGGUUGAAUGGGAAUUUUGGUGUGGUUUUGGAGCACUAAAAGAGAGUGAGAAAUGGGAAUACAAAGAGUUUCAAUAUGAAUAAACUUCAAGGUGAAAAAUGAUUUCAAGUUCUUCCAUGCUUAAAGCAUGAAAGAAAGAAAAAGUUGUCACCAGCUGUUAACAUAUUAUCAACAACAGCUAAAGAUAUCACAUGCAGAAGAAGUGGAGGUGGUGUUGUUUUUAGAUGGAAAUGCUACAGGCUUUU